UCUCAAAAAAAAAACAAAGGCUGUAUGCAGUAACUGCUCGAUCAGUAGGAGGCACACUUGCUAGCAUGUCUCCAUGUGAGUCCUGACCUAUUGUGGGAGGCCGGCUCCCCCUCAAGGCUGCCAGGGAGCUGUGGACCCCUCCUCACCUGCCUGGGGGCAUGCUGGGAGAUGCAUGGAGGACAUCUGGCCCACCUGAGGGAGGGUCCUGCAAAUGCUGCCAGCUGGGGAAGGGGCUGUUGGUGCCCUUUAGGGCCAGGAUUAGCAGGUGGGCUUGGCUACAGCUGGCAGGGUGGGGACCCUGGAGACCAGGGAUCAGGCUGGGGGACUCUGAGCUUCUCUUCCAGUUGCCCUGUAGGAGGAAGUAAAUAAAGAGGAAGUGCCUAUAGGGGGAUGGGGCAGGGACCAAGGGAUGUGGGCUGGUGGCUGUCCUCCCCCCUCCCACCACCAGAGGCUCAUGGCUCACAUAGCCUUCAGCAAAGGCAGUUCUGAGACCGUUUCCUUCCUGUUGCCCCUUCUGGUACCCUGCUGGCCACAGAGGCCAGUGUGCACCGGGCUCCUGGUGUAUCUCUGCCUGUGACUGGAGAAUCUCCUUCCACAAAGUAGCUACCUCUCUACCUUCUUUCUUUGCAUCUGAGGGACCAGGGGUUGGUAGGGACGGUGAGCUUUGGGGCUCCGAGGGCUGCCCCAGCCUCCAAACUGGUCAGAGGAAGCUGGAGAGCAAGGAGAGGCUUGGCCUGAGGGAGGCGUCUUUCACAAUCUCCCAGCAACAUCCACCCGCAAAGACUCUGCAAGGACAGGGAAGGGGAAGUCCGUGGGGGCGUGGGGGUGCGUAUUUCUGCAUAGGGUUGUCUGUGGACAGGGUUUCCGAUCAUCAGCUUGAGUGUGUGUUUGUGUGCGUGUCAGUUCCUGUGCCGUACUUGUGUGAGUGAUGAAGUGAGGCCACAUGGAAAGGGGCUGGGCCUGGUCAACCCCUGCCCCAUAGCGGCCUCCUGCUCCUCUCAGACCUCUGAGAGGUUCUUGGUCGGGCUUUCUGCCCACCUUGCCCAUCCUGGGGCUUGGUACUGGCAGCCUUCUUCAGGGCAGCUGAGCAGGGCAGGACCCGGUACAUUGCUGCCUGCUUUCUCAGCUGCCAUUCUGGGCGGGCCUAGCCAGGGAAGGAUGCUAUGGGGGAUGUAGUAUCUAAGCUCUGGGCUGGACAGUCAGACAGUAGCCUUUGCUGACUUUUGCCCCACGUUCUCUCAGGGCCCCCCCACCAUGGAUGUUUGCGGGGUGCUGAGAUGCUCACUGUGUCACUGCCUUAUCACCUUGUGACUUCUGUCUCUGCUCUUGUCUCUCCUCCUUAGAGUCAGAGGACAUAGGGAGGAGCAUGCCCCUGGGCCUGCCCUGGGCUCAUGGGCUUGGGGUCUGCGGUGUCCUCUCUUCUGCAGAGGAGCCUGACCCAUCUUCUGUCCCUCCUCCCUGCAGAGGGAAGUGAGAAGGAGGGGGGCCAGGGACCCUGCCUUCUGGGCCAGGAAGGCUAAAAAAAAAAGCAGAAGUAAGAGGAGUAACGGGGCCCUCUGGCCACUGGCUUGAGCCCUACCAUGCAGACCCCGGCAGAUUUCGCCAGGGUUGAGAGAGACUUGGUUUCCUGUCCCAGAAAGGAUGAGGGCGUCCUCAAGGAGAUCUCCAUCACGCACCACGUCAAGGCUGGCUCUGAGAAGGCUGAUCCAUCCCAUUUCGAGCUCCUCAAGGUUCUGGGCCAGGGAUCCUUUGGCAAAGUCUUCCUGGUGCGGAAAGUCACCCGGCCUGACAGUGGGCACCUGUAUGCCAUGAAGGUGCUGAAGAAGGCGACACUGAAAGUACGUGACCGCGUUCGGACCAAGAUGGAGAGAGACAUCCUGGCUGAUGUAAACCACCCAUUUGUGGUGAAGCUGCACUAUGCCUUCCAGACCGAGGGCAAGCUCUAUCUCAUUCUGGACUUCUUGCGUGGUGGGGACCUCUUCACACGGCUCUCAAAAGAGGUGAUGUUCACGGAAGAGGAUGUGAAGUUUUACCUGGCCGAGCUAGCUCUGGGCCUGGACCACCUGCACAGCCUGGGUAUCAUUUACAGAGACCUCAAGCCUGAGAACAUCCUUCUGGAUGAGGAGGGCCACAUCAAACUCACUGACUUUGGCCUGAGCAAGGAGGCCAUUGACCACGAGAAGAAGGCCUACUCCUUCUGCGGGACAGUGGAGUACAUGGCCCCCGAGGUCGUCAACCGCCAGGGCCACUCCCACAGUGCAGAUUGGUGGUCCUAUGGGGUAUUGAUGUUUGAGAUGCUGACGGGCUCCCUGCCCUUCCAGGGGAAGGACCGGAAGGAGACCAUGACAUUGAUUCUGAAGGCGAAGUUAGGCAUGCCCCAGUUUCUGAGCACUGAAGCCCAGAGCCUCCUGCGGGCCCUAUUCAAGCGGAAUCCUGCCAACCGGCUCGGCUCCGGCCCUGAUGGGGCAGAGGAAAUCAAGCGGCAUGUCUUCUACUCCACUAUUGACUGGAAUAAGCUGUACCGUCGUGAGAUCAAGCCACCUUUCAAGCCAGCAGUUGCUCAGCCUGAUGACACCUUCUACUUUGACACUGAGUUCACAUCCCGCACACCCAAGGAUUCCCCAGGCAUCCCGCCUAGCGCUGGGGCCCAUCAGCUGUUCCGGGGCUUCAGCUUCGUGGCCACUGGCCUGAUGGAGGAUGACGGCAAGCCUCGUGCCCCACAGGCACCCCUGCACUCAGUGGUACAGCAACUCCAUGGGAAGAACGUGGUUUUUAGUGACGGCUAUGUGGUAAAGGAGACGAUCGGUGUGGGCUCCUACUCUGUGUGCAAGCGCUGUGUCCACAAGGCCACCAACAUGGAGUAUGCUGUCAAGGUCAUUGACAAGAGCAAGCGGGAUCCUUCAGAAGAGAUUGAGAUUCUUCUGCGGUACGGCCAGCACCCCAACAUCAUCACUCUGAAAGAUGUGUACGAUGAUGGCAAACACGUGUACCUGGUGACAGAGCUGAUGCGGGGCGGGGAGCUGCUGGACAAGAUCCUGCGGCAGAAGUUCUUCUCAGAGCGGGAGGCCAGCUUCGUCCUGCACACCAUCGGCAAAACUGUGGAGUAUCUGCACUCACAGGGGGUUGUGCACAGGGACCUGAAGCCCAGCAACAUCCUGUACGUGGACGAGUCCGGGAAUCCUGAGUGCCUGCGCAUCUGCGACUUUGGUUUUGCCAAACAGCUGCGGGCUGAGAAUGGACUCCUCAUGACACCUUGCUACACAGCCAACUUCGUGGCGCCCGAGGUGCUGAAGCGCCAGGGCUACGAUGAAGGUUGUGACAUCUGGAGCCUGGGCAUUCUGCUCUACACCAUGCUGGCAGGAUACACUCCAUUUGCCAACGGGCCCAGUGACACACCAGAGGAAAUCCUAACCCGGAUCGGCAGUGGGAAGUUUACCCUCAGUGGGGGAAACUGGAACACAGUUUCAGAGACAGCCAAGGACCUGGUGUCCAAGAUGCUACACGUAGAUCCCCACCAGCGCCUCACAGCCAAGCAGGUUCUGCAGCAUCCAUGGGUCACCCAGAAAGACAAGCUUCCCCAAAGCCAGCUGUCCCACCAAGACCUGCAGCUUGUGAAGGGAGCCAUGGCAGCCACGUACUCCGCACUCAACAGCUCCAAGCCCACCCCCCAGCUGAAGCCCAUCGAGUCAUCCAUCCUGGCUCAGCGACGAGUGAGAAAGUUGCCGUCCACCACCCUGUGAGGCACCAAGGCAUUCAGGCCACAGGGCAGUGCUAGCUUGACGGAGGCGGCAUGCUUCCCAGAGAGAGCAGGCUGGAGUCACAGGGCCAGAGGGAACUGGAACCCGAGGGGCCAGGGAAGCUGCCAGCCCAGACCACCCCUAGCGAGGGUGUGAGAAGUGCCUUCUCCUUCCCCAGGACGGACUCUUCUCGGCUCAGGCUCUGCUGGUGGAAAGCGAUUCACUGUACAAACUCUUUUUUUAUGGAAAAAAUUGCAUCAACCACCAUGGAUUUUUACAAGAUCCAUUUGCCUUUCUGGGAGCAGAAACAGCCAGUGCGGCCCCAGGAGGGGAACUGAGUCACACUGGGGUUCUCUGAGACUCUUUAAAGCAGUUUUGGGAUCCCACCCUGGGAACCCCCACGAUUGGCCAUCUGUAGCCAUCUGCACACACCUCCAAGGCAGUCCAGUGUCACAUCUCUCAGAGCCUCUGACUGUUUAGUAGAACUCAUUCGAUCCCCAAUCAGCUCCUUUUCCGUUCUGUUCUGCUGGGGGUUCUAGAACUACUUCCUGCUACAGGAGGGGACUCAGGCCCUGCUGGCUUCCGGCUUCAGGCACCAGCAUCCACCUCGGCCCUGCCAGUGGACCCCCUGCGGUCACGCUGGGCAGCCCCAGAGAGAGGAUGUGGAAAGCACUUUUUGGCUGACUUCUUUCGGGGUUGGCAAGGGGACAGAGUUCACAGGAGGCCAGUGGGCAGGCCAUGAGGGGCGGGGCUUUUUUCAUUUCUUCCUCAGCUGGUUACUCAGGGUUCGUCUGUCCAUGGCCUUUCUAAUAAACCUUUGAGUUGAAGCA